AUGCCGUUUGGUGAGAUGACGAUUACUCUAGAUGACGUAUCUUGCCUACUUCACUUGCCCAUCAGGGGAGUUUUCUGGAACCCUCCAGAUAUCAGUGAAGCGCUUGCUGUUGAGUGGGCUCUUGAUUAUUUGGGAGUGUCACAUAGAAUAGCACAACAACAAGUCCGUGAGUGCAGGGGUUCCUACUAUAAGCUGGAGUGGUUAUAUGAUCGGUUCGUAGAGCACAGAGCUGCAUCUCGAUGGGAUUAUGCCACUAGAGCUUAUUUGCUGAUGUUAGUGGGUUCCACUAUUUUUGCGGACAAGAUGUUUACGCUUGUCGAGGCACAAUACCUGUCACUGUUUAUAGACUUGGAUGGCUUAUCAGGAUACAGUUGGGCAGCAGCUGCGUUGGUUACUCUUUACCGAUAUCUCGGAGAUGCUUCCAUGUUCAGCUGUAAGCAGCUUGGUGGUUAUCCGACUCUCCUACAGUGCUGGAUUCAUGAGUAUUUUCCCACACUUGGAAAAAGAGGAGAGAACUGGAUACCAGCUAAUAAUGUGGGUCUCCCACGAGCGACGAGAUGGUCAUAUAGACAAGGUACCUUGAAGGUGGAUGAAUUGCGGCCUAUUCUGGACGAGCUGACACCUGCGGAUGUCAUAUGA